UGAUGCCUCCCAGGACAAGGUCCCGCCUCCCUUCAGCAUCGGUUUCUGCAGACCGGAAGUCCCUUUGCCCCGUCUGUGUGGUGCACUAGCUUUCUCUCAGCGGGAACCGGAAACUCUUCUGCCCCGACCUACGCUCCCAGCCGCGCAUGCUCAGGGCGACGCGGGCGGAGCUGUGGGAGGGGAACAGGCCUGGGGGCCGGUCCCUGAAGAUGGCGGAGGAGGGGGUUAGUUGGGGGUCUCCUCGCAGAGCGCAGGACUUCUGGUAGGUCCCACUUUAGGACAAGAUGUGGUACCAUUGAAACGCUGGUCAGCUCUUAUUCACAGACCAUUCACCUUUUCAGCUGGGAAGCCUUAUUUUAUUUUAUAUUUUUCACGGCUUACUGAACUUAUGAAACCAUGGCAGAAGGAGAGACGGAGUCACCUGGGCCCAAAAAGUGUGGCCCAUACAUUUCCUCUGUCACCAGCCAGAGUGUGAACUUGCUGAUCCGAGGGAUUGUGCUCUUCUUUAUUGGAGUUUUCCUUGCAUUAGUGUUGAACUUGCUUCAGAUUCAGAGAAAUGUGACACUCUUUCCACCUGAUGUGAUAACAAGCAUCUUUUCUUCUGCAUGGUGGGUACCACCAUGCUGUGGCACAGCGUCAGCUGUGAUCGGGUUAUUAUACCCCUGCAUUGACAGACAUCUAGGAGAACCACAUAAAUUUAAGAGAGAGUGGUCCAGUGUUAUGCGCUGUGUGGCAGUGUUCGUUGGUAUAAAUCAUGCUAGUGCUAAAGUGGACUUUGAUAACAACAUACAGUUGUCUCUCACACUGGCUGCACUAUCCAUUGGACUUUGGUGGACCUUUGAUAGAUCGAGAAGUGGUUUUGGCCUUGGAGUUGGAAUUGCUUUCCUGGCAACGUUAGUCACUCAACUGCUUGUCUACAAUGGUGUUUAUCAAUACACAUCUCCAGAUUUCCUCUAUGUCCGUUCCUGGUUGCCAUGUAUAUUCUUUGCUGGAGGCAUUACAAUGGGGAACAUUGGUCGGCAACUGGCGAUGUAUGAAUGUAAAGUUAUUGCAGAAAAAUCUCAUCAGGAAUGAAGACAGCAAAGGUACAUCUUUCACACAGGAAGACAAGAAGAAAACUGCUUGUCCACGAUGAGCACACCAACAAAACUUCAGACUGUGAAAUUGUGAGGAUGCAGUUUUUCCUUGAUUGGUGUGUGCAAAUGCACACACACGUUGUUUCUGCAGUCUGUGAUUGCUUCUUCUGUAAAUCAGUUACAAACCUUUAGGUAUUUGGUUUAAAUAAAUGUAAGAUAUAUGUGCACUUCAUGAAAGAUACGUUGAUGAGCAUAUGAAAUUUCUAAAUUAAUUUUUUAAACAUACCAUGCAUUGUACCACAGUGUUGACGUGCCAAAAUAUGCUAUUACUGUCAUACAUAGUAUAUUGAACGCUUCAAACAAUUUAGAAAUUUAGUAAAACAAAAGAAGAGGAAAGCCAAAAACCAACCAAACAGAAAGCAAAUGGGUAGCUGGUCUUUCUCUUUCGCUGGCACUUGUGCCUUUUUUGUUUCUGAUUACAGCAGUGUGAGUUACAAGUGCUCCAGUGUGGGGUUUGUCUCUAUGUUGCUGUUAUUUCAGAGUUUGAGUCUUUUAAUGUAUGGUAACAAUGAACUUCUAUAGAAUGGUUUUAAGCCUGCAUUCCUGCAAGGACCCAAAGAGUAAUUUUCUGAGUUGACAGAGUUUACUGAAGGUAUAUGUGAUGGGCAGGGGAAGUUAUCAGCACUAACUUGUUUUGAUUUUAAAUUGGGAAAUGUACAAAUAACUAAAUACAAAUAACUUCUGUCUCGUUUCUUGCUCCCAAAGCUCACUGCUUUUUCACAUGGGACAUGCAAGAAAUAGCAGACAGAUGAAAGUAAUCCAAUUGGGUUCUAUAAAGCAGACUUCUCUAGCUGGGCAGGGUCAUGUGACUGACUGUCCCUGGAAGGCUUGCGUUUGCCACCUUCCCAAGUGCAGUCUAGGGAAUGGAUGGAUGCAUAACUCCCUAGGAGCUGAUGUCUACUGGUGAACAGAUGCAUCCUUGGAGAAUGCAUUGACAAAACAUGUCAAAGAGUUUGGUAACAGUUUGGGGCAUGUCUCGUUAAUGACUCCAGACAUUUUCAUAUGUUUUAAAUAUAUUAGAUGACUUUGCCCUUCAUUUUCCUUUCCGAAAUUGUUAAUUAUCUUGAUGCACAAGAGUAAAUUCUUCUAAGUACCUGGUGUGUGUGUGUGUGUGUGUGUGUGAGUGCAUGCGUGGUGUGUGUGUGGUGUGUGUGUGUGUUGUGUGUUGAGUUGAGUGGAGGCGACAGAGGACGUGUGCAUGUAAUUGCGUGCCUGUGUCCGUGCUUCCCCACAAUGUCAAGUAGAUACUUAAAAUUUUUCCUUCUAAAGAAAUGCUAUCAGACUGUGAUCUUGUAUGCCAAACUGUAAUGUGCUUCUGUGUUUUCAGGCUGAGUGUGAACAUCCUAAGAUGAUUCCAUUUGGAAUAUGUGUACACAAGCCUAAGGAUAGUGGUGGCAAACAUCCUACCAUAAUUUAUUAUUUUGUCUUUCAGAUAAUGUUAUUCAUUUAGAAUAAAUAAGGUAUAUUUUUAGAAUCAAAUUUGUAAACACUAUAAAUCUUUAAUAAGUUAUAAGGUCUAUGAUAUGUUUACUUUGAAAAUUGCUGUUAAAAGCAAGAUGUAUUAAAUAUGUAAUUAUCACCA